AUGGUCAAAUUCUCCAAGAAGACGUCGGAAGAGCUAGAGAGAGUCCGCCAGCUGCGAAGAUACAACCAAAAGAUGCGCUACCUGAAUGCAUGUUCUUCAUACGAUCAUCAGAAGAUUUGGAAGCAAGCCCGAAAAUGCGGCACUAGCAACCGCAUAUACGAGCAUGAGCAGUACAAAGAGUGGUUUCGCGCUGAACAAUCAACCCUUCUCUGGUGCAGCGGCAUCCUGGGAGCAGGCAAGACUGUUAUUGCUGCCAACGUGGUUGAACACCUUUCUAUGCAGGCGCCAGCUGCUACUGUUGCAUACUUUUUCUGUCGGUUUGAUCAGCCUGAGUCCCUAGAGUCUUGGACAGUCAUCGGCAGCUUAGUUCGCCAGCUUUUACUUCUCCUCGAGCCUGAGGCGUUUAACGAUCUCUCGCAAAGUCUCAAACAGGGAGUUGACGAGGACAAAUUAUCCCGAGAUCUGCAAAGAUUGUUGCAACAUCAGAAAAGGAAAACCUUUAUUGUUCUCGAUGGUCUAGAUGACUGUGACCCCAGAGCUCUAAAAUGCAUAGGUCGAUUUCUGAAGGACCUGUUGGAAGGUGAGUUCCAGUUUCAGAUCUUCUGUUCGAGUCGCCUCGGAUUCCAUCGCGAAUUAGCUCCCAUUCUUCGACCAAAGUACCACAUUUUAUGCUCGGAGCUGGCUACCGAGACUGUCCAAUAUAUUAACGAUGCUCUUGCAGAACGCGUGGAAACAGGCGAACUUUGCUUGGAAGAUCCUGGACUAAUCCUCAGGAUCCGCGAGGCAUUGGUCAAAGGCAGCUAA